CCUCUUUUGCGGCACUCUCCAGUCUAGAAAAGGUUCGCGCCGCUUACACCCGUGCCUAUCGCUUCCUCGUCACGCCGCCGCUCACGAGACGCUCACCAACUUGGCGCAAACGUUUCCAGUGUUGCUUCUCGUGCUGUUGCUCCGCGUUGACCAACCCCGGCACACUAAACUAAAACAUUUGGAGAUACGUUUCAAUGCGCAUUUUGUUCAUACUUUGAUAAACCUAAAAGGAGCUCGUCGGUGUGCUGCUUGCCAUUCAUUUAUUCUCCUGAGCGGCAACGCGGCACUAAGUAUUUACAGUGUGUCCUGAAGACUCAUCGUGCCUCUCGUGACAAGACAGCGUCACGUCAUGCGUCGUGCGGGGGCAACUGAGGCUCGGUAGGUAACGCGGCGGGACGUGAUACAUCAACCCCGGGAAGCGUCAUGAGGGAGCGCUGAGGUGUACACGACCGACCGGACAUCAUGUUGGGGGAGCAGGGAGCGGCGCCCCCUGCAUGUGUGCCCGUCAGCCUCUCCACGUGACUGUACCUAUCACCUCAAGGCAACAGAUGGGCGUGCGAUUGUGGUUCUGGACUGUGGUGGCGCUGGUGGUUGCGUGGUCCGGCAGCUGUCAGGGCCACGGGCGCCUCAUCGAGCCUCCCUCCCGAGCCUCCGCCUGGCGCUACGGAUUCGACACGCCUCCAGACUACAAUGACAACCAGGGAUUCUGCGGCGGACUCAGCUUCCAAUGGGAGCAGAUGGGCGGCAAGUGUGGCAUCUGCGGCGACAAGUGGGACGCUAACCCGCGGCAACACGAGGCUGGGGGACUGUACGCCACGGGGACCAUCGUGCGGCACUACAGCGAGGGGCAGGUCAUCAACGUGCAGGUGGAAAUCACUGCCAACCAUCUCGGCCACUUCGAGUUCAGAAUCUGUCCCAACAACGACGUGACGGUGGCGGCCUCGCAGACGUGCCUCAACGAGCAUCCUCUCCCCCUGAAUGACGGCUCCGGCUUCUACCUCAACAUCGGCCCUAACGUUGGGAUAUACACGGUCCCCCUCAAGCUGCCCGCCGGCCUCACGUGCUCCCAGUGUGUCCUCCAGUGGCGCUACGUGGCCGGCAACAACUGGGGCAUCUGUGAGGACGGCACGGGGGCGGUCGGCUGCGGAAAUCAGGAAGAAUUCCGUGCCUGCGCUGACGUUUCCAUCUCCUCCUCAGCAACCCCAUGGACUGAUACAGCGGCUGUGAAUACCGGGGGAGACACUACCAAAACCACCCAGAGGCAGCCCACGAUCCCUGUCACCCGGCGUUCCACCACCCCACCACCCACUCAGCGACCCACCACCACCACCGCCAGAAGCACCCAGAGUGGCGGCAGCGGGGGCGGGUCUGGUGGGUGCCGCGCCGUGGGGGUGUGGCAGAAUGUACCCGGAAUGGACAAGUGGUGUGUGGAUAAUUGCAAUCACGUCCCGCCUUACUGCCCCGCGUCUCACUGCACUUGUGACUAAACGACUGCCCCAACUCUUCAUCCUCCUUCGUCUACUCACCCCGCCCUCUCUCCUCAUAUGCCUUUUUCUCUCCUCCUACUGUUCCUCCUUCUUUCCUUUCCUUCUCUUUCUCCUCCUUCGCCUCCUCAUCCUAUCCCCUCGCCUCCUAUGCCUUUUUCUCUCCUCCUACUGAUCCUCGUGCUUUCCUUCUCUUCCUACUCCUGAUUAUCGAUAUAAGUCUUCUGUCCCAUACCUGCAGUUGAUUAUGUUCCUCUCUCUUUCCUCCUCCUCCCUUGCAUGCAGUUCUAUCUUUUAAAUACACUCCCUCCUCGACCCGAACCUUCAUCUCACUCACUUCCUUCUUUUUUUCCUUCUGUUCUUUCCUCCUCCUCCAUCACCCCCAAACUUCCAUGAUCUAAGCCCACAAGAUUGUUUUUUUGUUUUGUUUUGUUUUGUUUUUUGGUAUUUCGUUGGGGACAUACCCCAAUGGAGGAAGGCGGUGCAUGCCGCGCAACGCCCCAGACGGCUGGUAGAGAGAUACCCAAUUCAUACAAGGAGGAGGCCCAACAACGGGGCUGAGGGUGUCGGAAAGAGCCCACCUUUCCACCCCCAUGGCACGGGAUAGGUCUCGAACCCACGCCCUAGCAACCCGCCGAAGCGCAAGGCCGAGACUACCACGGGACCACGGGAGCACCCCCCACAAGAUAAUGCAUAUAUUGUUGGAGGAGAUGCAUUCUAAGGGGGGACUUGCCAGAAGGGGAAAAAAGGCCUUGAGAGGAACAAACACAUAGUACAUGACGCCACUGAAAGACAUAAUGAUUGCUUCCAUAAACACCAUUUUUUCGGUUGUUUUCCAAAGACAAGCACUUGUUUCUUACUAUACUACUGAGUUUGGGGAGUGUACAGAAUACCAUAAAGAACAAUGUCAAGUAGAGGUUAGACUUUUGACGCGGAUUAAAAGCGUUGUUGUUGUUGCUGUUGUUGUUUUUGUUUCGGCGCUUCAAAUGCUUCGAUCUCUAACGCGGGUUCGGCUUCGCGCGCCACCACCGCCACACAAAGGAAACAAGUGGCGGGUUAUACACACAAGCAAAGCGGAGAUAAGGCUAGGAGGGGUAAGGGUAAGACACACCAGAAGUACAUAGUGGAUCAUUAAAAUAGGUUCCAGUACACUAAUAUACGACAUGGAAGUUAUUUAGAGAUAGAAUGACUUGCUGUAACUGGCAACACACACACACACACACACACACACACACAUGAUAUGGCCUUGUUACCUCAGUUUAACGUUCCCAUAUGCACAGAAAACCACUCAAUAUAUACAUACGAAUAUACAUACAAACAUGCAUAUCGUAUACAUACCACUUGGAUGCUACCACUGUUGCCACCUCUUACUCUUCCUUCCACUGUUGCCGCCGUCACCACCACUACUUGACGAACACAGAUCUGCACACACACACACACACACUCAGCGGCAUGGGUAUUAUCGUACGGACAAUCAACUUCCUUCACCUGACUACGAUAAUUUGCUAUCCUCUCGACACACUAUACAAAGACUAGAUUCCCUAAUUGUUUUACGUAUUUAUAAGCACUAGGUAGUAUUUAUUAAUCCGUAUCUAUUGUUAUUUAAAUCUGAUGUUUUUUUACGCUAAUUAGGGUGUUAUUUAUUCGUGUUAUGUAGUUUAGAGGGAAAACAAACAAAAAAUGAGAACAAAAAAGAAAGAUCACCGUUUUAUCUAUGAGCACGAUGUUGUUUUGUUUUGUUUUUGUUUUGUUUUUAGUCAUCUGUUUUUCGCUACUUUGUGUUGCAUCAAAAAGCUAGUCAAUAAACGAUGAAUUGUA